UGGGAAAAGGAAAUUGAUGUCGUUUGUCUUAUUUUUGUUCGACAGUUGGAAUCAUUAAAAGGGGAUAGCACGCCCAAUUGCAAGCAAUGUGACGCAUCAAUUUUACCAGAGGAGGUGACUACUCCGAGGGUUGGUAAAGCAGAGGCAAAAGGUGAAAAUGGCAGCCGAGUGGAAUGUGGAUGCCGGGAUAUCGGUGCAGAAGAGAUAGUGAAAGAGCUUAGAGCGGUUAAGAGGCAGAAUACCAUAACUCACAGCCUUCUUUCAGUGAUGAUUGUUGUCACUCUAGUCUGGCAACUCUCCGAGGUGUCCCUGUUUCUCAAAGUCAAAAAUGGUUUCAGUCACCCUUUUAGAUCAUUAGGAAGUAUGCUCCUGGGAAUGCUGCCAAACCCUACUCCUGGGAUUAAUAUGCAAGACGCAGACAAAAAUUCUUCAUCUACCAAAACCCACCACAGUCAUCCUGUUGACCCUUCGCUUCCCUCCGUCAGAGUGCCCGAGCUUCCUCACCUGGAGUUUCCACAUUUGGGAUCCAGCACAAGCAGUGAAGGACACUGACUGUCUCGUCCUGACUCUGAAGCUCUUCUUUUAGCUAUUACUAAGUUCUUGUCUGGUUCUUAAUCGGUGGCCAAGUCAAGGAGAGUGAAAUGUGAACUUCUUUGUAUCUUUUAUUUACCUCUUGUUCUGUUGAACCGUUAGUAGCAGUGCUAUAAUAAUUCUCAAUUCAAUUUGAGAUCGCGGAAUAUUUUUGGGAAACAGAUUUUGCAUAAUUUGGACAGGAGGAAUCUAAUUUCAUUGAAUCAUUUCGACUUCUGGUUUCUAGAAAUAAAAGAUGGCUCUCCUUCAAGGUGGAUUCCUACCAGACACCUGUCAGGGUAUACAUACCUCUGCAGAUCCCUUGUGAAUGCUUUGAUCAUUCAUUAUUGAUAAAACGAUGUCGGCUGCACCAGCAGUUCCCAAUAAUUAAAAUUGACAGCCAGAUGAAAUUAAUCUGUAACGGCAAAACUUCAGAUCACCAACAAAUCCAUCUUUAAGCCUGUAUAUGAAGUAUCAUAACAAACCACCCCGAGUUUCAAGCCAAGGAUACAGAGCUCUGCAAGACCAAGGGUCAAUUCCUCAAACAACAAUGAACCAAGGAAACAAAAAGUGACCAUUCCUAGUAACCAUGCAAUUGCUUAUAUCUGUAAUUCAUUGAUGGUAAAUCUGUUUCUGAGAGCCAUAACCAGCUUAACUUAAACAAGUCUUCAAUCAAAUAUGCAACAUUCAAUUCAUAAGAAAGCAUCUUUUCACCAACUCAACCGAUCACAACAAAGAAGUCUCUUAAAUAUGGAGAGACAUGGAAACCAGAAUGAAAC